AUGAAUUGGCUCGGCCUCUUCGUCCUGCUGACCGUGGCCGGGUUGGCACACGGGACAUGGGACAACUGCGGAGGGACCUGCGGACUCCGACCUCCACAAUCUGUAAACAGCCCCAUGAUUUAUUCCUACGGCAAUGUGGCUUAUGACUAUGGCAUGACACGUGUCGUGGGUGGUGCCGGUGCCGCGGAAGCAUCUUGGCCCUGGAUCGUCAGCAUCCAGCACCCAUGGAUACCAGGCCUGGGGCAUCUGUGUGGAGGUUCCCUCAUCAGUCCAGAUUGGGUCCUCACAGCAGCCCACUGCUUUGAUGAUAUGAGUAAUGCCAGCUUGGUCUACGUGGUGAUUGGGGCCACCCGGUUCACUCAGCCGGGCCCUGGGGCUGCAGUGCGCAAUGUGAAGCAGGUGGUGGUACACCAGGACUACAACCCUAACGACUUUAGCUACGACAUUGCCCUGAUGCAAUUGGACCACCCUGUCCAGUGCAGUUCCUACAUCCAGCUGGCCUGUGUGGCUGAACCUACCCUAAGAGUCUCAGAGCUCAUCAACUGCUGGAUUGCUGGCUGGGGUUCCACUGUUGCAAGAUCGGAAGGUACUACACCUGAUCAGCUCCAGGAGGCCAAGGUCCAGCUCAUCGAUCUCCAGCUCUGCAACAGCAGUGACUGGUACGGAGGGAAACUCUACACCCACCAACUGUGUGCUGGUUACCCACAGGGUGGCAUCGACACCUGCCAGGGUGACAGCGGUGGUCCUCUCAUGUGCCAGGACAACAACGCUGACCACUGGUGGGUCAUUGGAAUCACCAGCUGGGGAUAUGGCUGUGCCAGAGCAAUGCAGCCUGGAGUCUACAGCUCCACUAAGUACUUCUAUGACUGGAUCGAUUACAAUAUGCGUGUAAAUGCAAUGAAAAUGGGCCCUGUGCCACAGAACCCCACAGUGCCCAGAACAUGGAACCCACCCGUCUGUGACAUCAGCGCCGGGACCAAGGGCACCACGGGCAGCACAGCCGCUGCGGGCAGGCUGGCACAGAGCCAGUACACCUGCGGAGGGAGCUGUGGGUACCGACCUGUGGCUUAUUCCUACGGCAAUGUGGCUUAUGACUAUGGCAUGACACGCAUCGUGGGUGGUGCUGGUUCCGCAGUAGCAGAAUGGCCCUGGCUCGUCAGCAUCCAGCACCCAUGGGUACCAGGCACAAAACAUUGGUGUGGAGGGUCCCUCAUCACUGGAGAUUGGGUCCUCACAGCAGCCCACUGCUUGGACAAGUUUGAUAACAUCAGCCUGCUGUAUGUGAUGAUUGGGGCCACCAACUUGUAUCAGCCGGGCCCUGGGGCACAAGUGCGCAGUGUCAAGAAGGUGGUGAUGCACCGCGAGUACAAGCGUAAAGACAUGAGCUACGACAUUGCGCUGAUUCAAUUGGAACGUCCUGUCCUGUGCAGCUCCUACGUCCAGCUGGCCUGUCUGGCUGAACCCACCCUAAGAGUCUCAGAGCUGAGAAACUGCUGGGUUGCUGGCUGGGGGGCCACUACUGCAAGAAGUGUAGAUCAACCUGCUCACCUUCAGCAGGCCAAGGUCCAGCUCAUCGAUCUCCAGCUCUGCAACAGCAGUGACUGGUACUCAGGAGCAGUCUAUUCCUACAACUUGUGUGCUGGAUACCCAGAGGGCACCAUUGAUUCCUGCAAGGGUGACAGCGGUGGUCCUCUCAUGUGCCAGGACAACAACGCUGCCUACUGGUGGGUCAUUGGAAUCACCAGCUGGGGAAAAGGCUGUGCCAGAGCAAAGCAGCCUGGAGUCUACACCUCCGUUCAGCACUUCUAUAACUGGAUUGAUUACAAUAUGCAGAUAAACGCAGUUAAAAACAUGAAUUGGCUCAGCCUCUUCGUCCUGCUGACCAUGGCCGGGCUGGCACACGGGACAUGGGACAACUGCGGAGGGACCUGCGGACUCCGAGCCGUGGUGUCUGACUAUGGCCUCAUGGCAUACUACUAUGGCGACAUGGCUUAUGAAUCCGGCAUGACACGCAUCGUGGGUGGUGCUGGUGCCCUGCCAGGAGCCUGGCCCUGGAUCGUCAGCAUCCACCACCCAUGGGUUCCAGACCCAGGGCAUCUGUGUGGAGGGUCCCUCAUCAGCACACAGUGGGUCCUCACAGCAGCCCACUGCUUCGACAAGUUUGAUAACAUCAGCCUGCUGUCUGUAGUGAUUGGGGCCACCCAGUUCACUCAGCCGGGCCAUGGGGCACAAAUGCGCAGUGUCAAGCAGUUGCUGGUACAUGAGUACUACAACCCUAAUGACAUGAGCUAUGACAUUGCUCUUCUGGAAUUGGACCAUCCUGUCAAGUGCAGCCCCUACAUCCAGCUGGCCUGUGUGCCCGACGCCAGACUGAGAGUGUCAGAACUGCAAAACUGCUGGAUUGCUGGCUGGGGGGCCACUACUGCAAGAUCUCAAGAUGCACCUGAUCAGCUCCAGGAGGCCAAGGUCCAGCUCAUCGAUCUCCAGCUCUGCAACAGCAGUGACUGGUACGGAGGGGAGAUCCACACCCACAACUUGUGUGCUGGUUACCCACAGGGUGGCAUCGACACCUGCCAGGGUGACAGCGGUGGUCCUCUCAUGUGCCAGGAUAACAAGGCUGACUCCUGGUGGGUUGUCGGAAUCACCAGCUGGGGAAAAGGCUGCGCCAGAGCAAUGCAGCCUGGAGUCUACACCUCCACUCAGUACUUCUAUGACUGGAUCCUGGUUCACACAGGGGCAAACACACUUGGAAGGGGUUCUCCAUCAUCACAAACCUGGAAUCCUUUAUUGACUCCAUGGCCAACACCACUUCCCACUUCUAACCCAUGGCCAACACAACCCCCCACUCAUAAGCCAUGGCCAACACUACCUCCCACUCAUACGCCAUUGCCAACAGCCCUUCCCACUCAUAAGCCAUGGCCAACACGACCUCCCACUCAUAAGCCUUUGCCAACAGCCCUCCCCACUCCAGAACCAACACCAUUGGGUGAGGUUAGCUCCUGCCCAUAUCCACUCAACAAGCUGGUAGACUUCUUUACUAAGGUGAAGAAGCUCCUUCAUGAGGUCCUUGGACAAAACACAGCUUGA